AUGGAGACAGACAACAGAACCAGUGUGUCAGAAUUCAUCCUCCUUGGCAUCUCGGCCCAGCAGGAUUGGAACACUCUGUUCUUCAUCAUCUUCUUGAUCAUGUACAUCAUCACAAUGAUGGGAAAUCUUACCAUAUUCUUAGCCAUAAAGCUAGAUGGUCAUCUCCGUCAUACCCCCAUGUACUUCUUCCUCAGCAACCUCUCAAUGGUAGACAUCUGCUUCACAACAACUACCAUCCCCAAAAUGUUGGCUGAUACAUUUUCUGGAAUGAGGAAGAUCUCGUAUGGUGGCUGCUUGGCACAGAUGUACUUUUUUAUUGCCUCUGGCAUGACUGACAACAUGCUGUUGGCAACCAUGGCAUUGGACCGCUAUGUGGCCAUCUGUUGGCCUCUACGUUAUGCUAUAGUGAUGAAGAGCCGGACAUGUCUGCUGCUGGUGACUGUCUGCUGGCUGGCCUCUCACCUCCACUCUCUCCUGCAUACCAUCCUUGUGUCCCGCCUCUCUUUCUGUGCCUCCAAUCAGGUACCCCAUUUAUUCUGUGAUGUCUUCCCACUGCUCAAAAUCUCUUGCUCCAACACAGAGCUCAACACUCUGGUAGUGCAUACAGAAGGAGCCCUGAUGGUUAAUGGAGCGCUGAUGCUCAUUGUCUUCUCCUAUGCACGCAUCCUGAUGGCUGUGCUGAGGGUUCCAUCUGCAGAGGGAAAGCGGAAGGCUUUCUCCACCUGUAGCUCCCAUCUGACCGUGGUCGCCUUAUUCUAUGGCACCGUCACCUGGGUCUACUUUCAGCCCUCAGCCAGCUUCUCACCUGAAAAAGAUGCAGUGGCUGCUAUCAUGUACUCUAUGAUCACACCCAUGCUCAACCCCUUCAUCUACACACUGAGGAACGACAAGAUGAAGAAGGCUCUGAGGAAGCUUUUCGGCAAGAAGGUAAACUAA